AACUAAAAUCUUUACGUAGAGUUUCGGAUCGAAUACCAACCGCUGCGUGGUACAAUAUCGCAUUCGCUUUCAUAGAAGCUUUUGCAUAUUCCGGAUCAACUUUUAUUUUCCAAAAUUACAUUCAAUUUCCAUCACCCAAACAUCCCGGAGAUCAACCAGGUGCACUAGGUAAAGGACAACAAACAGCCACCGCUUGGUCAACUUUCUUUCAAUUCUGGUCAUGGGGCACUCCAUUAAUAGCAGCAAUAAUAGCCGACAGAUAUCUGAUCAAAUUUUACACGAUAAUAGUAUUCAGUUUUAUUUUUAUUUCGGGUUUGUUGAUAUUGACGGUGACUUCGACGCCGGCAGCAAUCAAAGCUGGAGUCGCGUAUCCGGGUCUGAUCGUGGGUAUUAUAGUGACUGGACUUGGCGAUGGGUUACAGUCUGUUUCGUUGGUGAUGGUGGGUGAACAGUAUCCACGAAAAAAAAAAUUUAUUCGUACUUUAGGAACGGGUGAAAAAGUUGUUGUGGAUCCGCAGCUUACACUCUCUUCUAUUUAUCAUUAUUUGUAUUUUACAUUGGCGAUCGGCUAUUUGGCACCUACUAUUACAACAAAUAUCGAGAAAUAUCAUUCCUUUUGGUUGGCUUUUCUUAUAAUGGCACUAGUCUUCUCUAUUGGAAUAGUUUUAUACUCUUGGAGUCGCCGAUGGUUUAUAGAAACAAAAACUAGUGGGUUGCAAUUAUGGAAAUCAAUUUUAGUUAUUCGUAUGGCAAUUGCUCGUGGAUUCAACUUCGAAAACACAAAACCAUCAAAAAUUCCACAAAGAGAACACGAGCAUUCAAAUAUUAUAUGGGAUGAUAAAUUCGUCGAAGAACUCCGAACCACAAUUCAAGCCUCCAAAGUACUUCUAUUCCUAUCAAUCUAUUGGAUGUGUUACGGUCAAAUGUCAAGUAACUUGAUCUCACAGGCAGCCACAAUGGAAACCGGCAUCUUUCCAAAUGACAUGAUGAGCCAAAUCGACUACGUUGCUCUAAUAAUUUUAAUCCCAUUUAUGGAUAAAGUAUUUUAUCCAAUGUUGAGACGACGUCAUAUGGAGCCAUCGCCAAUUACACGAAUCUUCAUCGGGUUUAUGCUUAUUACUGUGGCGAUGAGUUUUGCGGCUAUUCUUCAACAUAUUAUUUAUUUAAUGCCACCUUGUUAUCAGUUUCCGCGGUGUGACAUUGAGAGUGGUGGCAGUAAAGUCCCGAAUUAUAUUAGUGUUUGGUGGCAGGCACCUAUUUAUGUGAUAGUUGCAUUUUCUGAAGCGAUUACAAGUCUCGAUUAUGCGUACUCAAAGUCCCCACCAUCCAUGAAAUCUCUCGUGAUGGCAAUAAAUCUACUAACCAGCAGCAUUGGCGCAGCGCUAGCACUUGCUUUUGUGCCCUUAGCGCGAGAUCCGUUGUUGCCAUAUAUGUUUUCAGGAAUGGGUGAAAAAGUUGUUGUGGAUCCGCAGCUUACACUCUCAAGCAAAUUAUACAAGUUUUAUAUU